CUGUGCCUGUCUUCUCUCUCUCCCCCCCUUCCCUUCCUUACUCUCUCUUAUUAUCUUUUAAUAUUUUUCUAUCUGUAUUUUCUAACGUCCAUGGUGACAUGUUAUCGCUUCGAAUUUUACUCGUAGUUGGAAUUUAAAAUUUCAUUUUGCUCUAUUCAUAUUGAGCUGCGAUUUGGUGUGGUUGCUACUACCAUGACUGUUGCCGCUAACCACUUGAUCUCUGUACAGCCGGAGGACCUAAAAUUCCAAUUUGAGCUGGAGAAACAAAGUUAUUGUGAUCUCAAAAUUACAAGCAACACAGAGAAUCAUGUUGCUUUCAAGGUGAAAACAACCUCUCCUAAGAAGUAUUUUGUGAGACCAAACACUGGUGUCCUGCAUCCAUGGGGUUCUUGUGUCAUAAGAGUAACCCUUCAAGCUCAACGGGAGUACCCUCCUAAUAUGCAAUGUAAAGAUAAGUUUCUGUUGCAAAGUACAAUUGUACCUCCAAAUACUACAGUCGACGAGCUUCAACAAGACACUUUUAACAAGGAAUGUAACAAUACAAUAGAAGAGUGUAAGCUUCGAGUGGUGUACAUGGCUCCUCACUCAGCUCAUGGAAGUUUUGAAGAUGGCAUUGGCCUAAAUUUUGAUUCCAAUUCGAAUCAGGGUUUGCAACGCCUUAAAGAUGAAAGGGAUGAAGCUAUAAGGCAAACAAAACAGCUACAACAAGAUCUGGAAAUUCUUAAAAGGCGAAAAAGUCGCAAAAACAUGCCAGGGUUGUCCAUCAAAUUUUCACUUCUUGUGGGACUCAUUGGAAUCACAGUAGGUUUCCUGUUGAAUUUAUUGGUAUCCUCACCUUCUGCACAAUAAGUUGGUUGGAGGUGUUGAAUGUUGUGGAUCAUAAUUUUCAUAUGAAGAUAUGCGUUUUUUUUGUUUUCUUUUCCUUUUUUCUGUCUAACUCUGUAUAUUUUCUUGUUGGCAUAAGUCUUUAUUAAUUAGUUGGUUUAUUUAAGUUUCUUUAGCUAUUGUAGUGUCUUUUGAUGCUUUUCAAAACAAAAAAGCACUUUAUCAGCUAUGAUUCUUGUUUUGUUGAUCUUGAUUGUACAAAUAAUACGUUGAUUCUUGAAAUGUUGUGAAACGUAAAUGA